AAACAAGGCUCUUAAUUCUUGAUUAAUAUUUAAGAAAAAGAUUAUCUUUAUUAUUCUCAAAUUUCUAUUAAAGAGUAGAAGAAUAUCAUAAUAAGUAAGUAAGUAAGAAAAAAAAUCAAAGCAAGCAAGCUAGCACUAAGCCUUAUCAUAAGAUAGAAAAGUUAAAUUAUUAAAAAAUAAGUAUUUGGAAUACUAAUAGGAUAGCUUAAAAAUAGAUAUAUAAUUACAAACUAAAAAAUGAAUCUAACUUUGCUAAAAGUUAUAUAUAUAUUGAUUAAAAUAAUUCAACAUUUAAAUUGUCUGCCAAGUAAAUAUAUAACUACUUAUUCAUAUUAGGCUUACAAUGGCAAUGUAGUAACUAAUCCAGUUUCGGCAUCUAUUUCUUGUGAUUCAACUUGUUCCUUUGAUGCUUUAGGUAAUUAUUGCUUAGGUUCAAGUUAGAAUUGUAAUGCCUGCUAAAGUUAGUAUGCCAAAAUAGAUGCAUCAAUAACAACUUAAUUUAGCAUUUAUGCUACAUGCAAUCAAAAUAAAAACGCUUUUGGAUAUUAUUUCAACUAAGCAAAUAAUAUUUUAUACUAAUGUAACCCUUAGUGUUAUAGAUGUGUAGAUGGUGGUACUUGUGAAAGUUGUUAGCAAAAUUAUGUUUACAUCCAGUCAACAAAAUCAUGCGUAUCUUAAUGCCCAACAGGUUAAUAUCCAGAUGAAAACCGCCUUUGUUAGUAAUGUCCUCAAGGCUGUAGUCGCUGCAUUAAUUAUUUUAUAUGUGUAUAGUGCUAAUAAAGUACCUACUACCUUUAAUACUUUUACAAUUCAACAAGUUAGUAAGGUUAGUACAAUUGUACUACUACAUUAACUAAUUAAUUUCCUCAAUAAGAUAACUUAUAUCCGAUUUCAGAUUCUUAACCAAAUUAAGUUAGCAUCUUCGAAUAGUGUGAUCCUUAAUGUAAUGGAUGCUAGAAUGCCUCAUAAAAUUGUAUAGCUUGCUAACCAAAUUACAGUAGUAAUUAGAGUAAUCAAGCUACAUUUUUUUGUGUUCAGAGCUGCAAUGAUGGAUUUUACUACUAAUAAUCCAAUACUUAAAAAUAAUGCUAACCUUGUUCAAAUAAAUGUGUUUCUUGUACCACUAAUCCUGGUUGUGAUAGAUGCUCUUCAGAUACUUAUAAACAAUUAAAUGCUAUUGGAGCUAAUGAAUGUGUUAAUGUAUGUUAAGAUGGGUAUUAUGCAGAUUAAAUCUUGCUUGAAUGUCUUAAAUGUGACCAAAGCUGUGCAACUUGUUUUGGGCCUAGUUCUUAUAACUGUCUUACUUGUAGUACAAAUUAUUACAAGGCUGGUAGCUAUUAAUGCAUUCAACCAAAAUGUGGAGAUGGUAUAUUAACGCAAGAAACAGAAUAGUGCGAUGAUGGUAACAAUCUAAACAAUGAUGGAUGCAGUAGUACUUGCUAAAUAGAACCAGGUUGGAAAUGCUGCAUAGCUAAUGAUCCUGAUCCUACCAAAUGGAUAUGCAGCUUCUAUGAUCAAAGUUAGGGGAAUUACAACUAGCUUUUAAAUUUGAUUUAUUACAAAUCUAAAUGUUUAACAACGUGUGGUGAUGGUUUUAGAGUUGGACCUCAACAAGGAGGAACAGAGUAGUGUGAUGUUGGCCCUAGUCCUACUCCUACUGCUGGAUGUGAUUCUAAUUGUUAAAUUGAGAAUGGAUAUUCUUGCAUAGGAGGAUCACCAACAACUUAGGACGUUUGCACUUACUUAUGUUCGAAAUAAUGUAUUACUUGUCAAACAAAUUAUUUGAGUAAUUCAUAACUUACUGGUACUUGUAUUUAGUGUCCGUAAGGAAUGUAUGCUUACCAAGAAUAAUGCCUGUAAAAGUGCCCAAAUAAUUACUUCAAUGAUAGUACAAGUGGCUUAGGAUUUUGUGUUUAAUCGUGUCCUUCUAACUCAUUCAUAAAUGGUCAAAAUUGUGUUACUUAGUGUGACCCAGGCCAGCUAAUAAACAAUAAUAUGUGCUUUGAUAAGUGUGAUCAAGGUACUUAUUCAUCUAAAGAUCCUAUUACAAGUUAAAUUACUUGUUCAAUUUGCCAUUUUUCGUGUUUGGCAUGCAGCGAUGGCGGUCCAAAUUUUUGUACAUCAUGUUAAAUUGGUUAUAAGCAAAUUGAUUUAGGUAAUAACUAGCUUAAAUGUGUACUUUAAUGUAAAAAUGGAUACAAAUAAGACCCUCAAAAUUCAAAUAAAUGUAUUGUAUGCAUGUUAAAUUGUGAUAAGUGCAUUUCUCCAUAUUAUCAGUACAAUGAUGAUUGUGUUUAAGCAUGUCCAGAUGGAACUUUUUAAAAUGAAGAGACAAAGACUUGUGAUAAAUUUUAAAAUCCAAAAGUAAGUUUUAUCUAUGAUCCACCUUUGCAGGGCAGUAACGAAAUUGGAAUCAACUAAGAUUAUAAAAUAACUGCAGUUACUUCUUCUGUUUAUCCAAUAGUAAGUAUGACAUGGUCUAUAGAAAAUCAGAGUCCAACAUUUUUAUCAGGCCUAUAGUUAAAUACAAAUAGUAUAAUAGUAAGGAAAAUAUACUUAGAUUAUAAUAUGCUUAUUACUCUGAAAUUUGUAGCAUAAAGCACCAUGGGAAUAACUACGUCUUUCAUCAAUCUAGAAACUUUUUCAAAGCCUGUUAUUUCAAUUAAUCUCCUAGUUAAUGGAAAAUAAUAAUUUAUUAUCAACCAUUUAUCAGACACUUUAACCAUUUAAACAAAAUAUUGGCCUACACCCUAGCAAAUAAGCUAUUAAAUUUAAUCUAUUGGCUAAAGCACCGGAAAAUUAUUGAAUAUUGACUCAGGAAGCAGCACUACAGAUUUGUCUGUUAAAUAUAUUUUUCCGUUUUUGAAAGCCAGUGAGACUUAUACAAUUUAGUUAUAUUUAUGGAAUUAGAAUAUUUAACUAAACACUACUGAGAGUUUAACUGUAACAACAAACUCUGUGCCUAUAAGACCUUUAGAUUAAAUAUUUGGAAAAGCCUUUAAUUUAAAUUAGUUAACAGAUUAUUAGGUUAACACUUUAAUUUCUACGAUAAUUGCUUAAUACUAAUAGUAGCUCCAACAAAAUAAUCAGUUUUUAAAUAAUUUAGAGUUGAAUAUUUAUUACUAUCAAAAAUUCAGCAUACCAAUCAAAUGCAGAUAACAAUAAUUAUGUGCUGUGGGAACUUGUAAUGAUAGCACAUAGAAUAGCUUAUCUUGUGACUGCUAGACAGGAUAUAGUGGUAGAUUUUGUUCAUUCACAACAGAUUAGUUCAAUCAAAUUUAAAGUCUUGGUACUAUUUUAAAUUCUUAGUUGUAAAGUAUGGCUUUUUCAGAGUAAUAGUAUAUUUAAAUCGCUUUAAAUACAACCAUGCUAACAGAUAUUGGAUAGAAUAUAUUUACUAACGUUGGAAACUCUCUUUCUCAAUAUAUAAAUAAAAUAACCCCAGAUAGUUUAAUUAACAACUAUUAAUCUUACAUUCAAAUCAUUGGUUAGAUUGCUGAAGAAUAACUUGUUCUAAGUGGAAGCAAUUCUCAAUAAACAUAAUUAUUUAAUUCAGUUUAUUAAAGUUUUCAAACACUAAACAACAAGAGGAUAAAUGCUCUUAACUAAAAUUAGCCAUUCUUAUCAGUUAAUUAUUAAUAAAAUUUGUACUGCUAUCUAGUUACAUUCUAAGUAGCAAAUAUAACUAGCCCAACAAAACUUAUUGCAUCAUCAUAAUGGAAUCUAGCUACAUAAAACAAUUCCACCAGAAGAAGCCUCUAGGUUAUUUAAGAUGGUAACAAGAUUUUCAAUUUGACUGGUAUUAUUUAAAAUGAUGUCAUAGAAACCGAAGUAACGAUUCCAAAAAGCAUUAUAAAAGCAUCAUCAGUAUAGUAAGUUUAAUUGCAGAUUCAUAGAUGGUAAAUGAACCCUAGAUAAAGUUAAGCAUCGAAUAUGUAAGGUAAUCUUACUAAUAUAGAAACCCACUUUAUUGAAGUGUAGUCUAAUUUAAAUUAAAAAUAUAUUAACAAAAAUGAUAAUACUACAUAUAUUCUGUAUAUGCUUCCAAGAAUUAGGAAUUAAAUUGACGAUCAAACUAUCUUAUUAAUUGAAAAUCCAUUUUCUUGCUUCUCUUUUGAUACAACAUAAAAUAUAUGGACUAAUUCUACUUGUGUAUAUAUAUAAUAAACUUAUUAUCAUAUUUAUUGCAGCUGCCCAACAAUAAACACAGUAUUCUUUGCUACAAGGAACUUCGAUUUAUUCUAACCAUUGUAGUCUGAGAGUUUAAUAGCUUUGAUUCAGAAGCUAGUUUCAAACAGUGGACUAUGGAUGGUCAUUUUUGUACUGCUAUCUUUUUUAAUGUGCUGGUUAGGGACAAAAGACUCUAAUGAUCCUGAUUACAUUGACAAAAAAACAUUUAGAAGAUUAACUCCUCUUCUCUCUGUAUUCUUUGUUCGUUAUCCCCUCAAACCUGUUCGCUUUAGAAUUAUAUAAGCUUUUUUGACUAUAUUUACAUAAAUGUUAAUUGAAAGUUUACUUUACUUAGUAUAUGAAGACAGUUUUACUAUUGAUGCUGUACCAAACUAUGCACUUUAUGGUGUUUUAGCAGCAAUACCAUUUAAUUAUUUGGUAGGUCUUUUUUCAAUUUGGGCUCAGUAUUCUGAGUCUGAAGAAAAUAUCAUGCUAGAAAUAUAAAAUGAAAAGAUGGAAGGCACUCUUUCAUUGUACACUUACCACAUUGUCUCUAAUUAACAAGAAGCUGAUGCAAUAAAAAAGCUAUAUUAAAAUAAAUAAGAUAAUAAAGAAAUUAAAAUUAGUUCUGCCGCUAAGUAUUCUAAAUAUAAAUAAAUCAACAAGGAAGCAUCCAUAAAUAAAGAACCAGAAGCAUUUUCUUCUAUUCAAAAUAAUACUAACCAUUUACAUUCUAAUAGCUCACUUAAUAAAUCAGAGUAAGAAAGUAAAAGCAUUGGCUAGCAGCCUAAAAUUUUGAUUAUGUAGCCUGAUCUAAUAAAAUCAAGAGUAAUUACUUUUAUAGCUGUAUGUAUAUUAUUUUUAGUAGCAGAGGCAGCAGGUGUUUUGUUGCUAAUUUAGGUAAACAGUAAUUCAAGUGCAACAGGGUAUUUUAUAGGUUCUGUUUUUGUAGGUUUUGUUAUAGAUUUUAUUUUCUUUGAUUUUUCUAUAGCUUUAGCUGCUAAGUAUAUUAAACCUAUAUUCAAACUUAUUACUUAUAGAGGAAUAUGGUUUAAAAUGCCUAAAGAUAUUAGAAUGAAAAAAGACUAUCUUGCUAUUUAAAACGAAAAUAUGCUCGAUAAAAGUUCAAUAUCUUCAAGAUUUCAGAAUAGUUAACACCACAACAUAAACAAAAGUGGCAAUAAUCAUAAUUAGGAAGCUGAAAGUGAAAACAACAAUAAAAAUUUAGUUUCUAAUACUAAAAACAUAAAUUAACUACUAAAUGAUAGAGAUAAUGAAGAUUUAGAUGUUGAAGAAAUAAAUAAAAACUAGCUAGAUUAAUUUAAAGAUCAUUCUGAAGAAAGUUCUCAUUCUAAUCACAAUUUUUGA